GACUCGCAGUUUCAUUCCAGCCGGUUAGACGGUCGGGUCCGCGACUGACGGUGCAUUUCUGUGGAAGAGGAUGCACGUCAGAGUAUCUUUUUUUUGCAAAUCUUCUCCACACAGUGUGAUGGAUAAAUAAAUCAACGUUGUAGUUGGGGAAAUUCUUUUUUUUUUGCUAGGAGAAUUUCCUACGUGACACGAGUCAAGGUCUUAGGUCACGAAGGUGAUUAAAUUUUAAAUGCAAUCUCCGUGUGUUGGAAAGCACAUAGGCUACACAACAUGGUGUAAUUAUUAAAGAGUGAUGUACCUAUAGAAAAGCACAAUAAUAAGUUUUUAAAAAAAAAUCUCAAUUUGCCAACUGCUGUGCGUCUUGAUGAGGGAAAAAGUGAAUAAUGUGACUGAAUUUAGUGAAUUUUUCUGCUGAAUACUUGAAGGUGAAAGCCUAAAUCUAAGUUUUACUGCAUAAGGUUUAGGCUGAGAUACUGAUCAUUUUGCAAAGGAAAAAGGAUCCUAAAGAAAAAGACAUCCAAAAUGAUGAAAAAAGACAAACCCAUGUUAUCCGUAGCGGCGAUAAUUCAGGCUCAGGGGAAGCUCUGGGACAGAAGUUUUGCAGGUCUCGAUCCCACACUUAUGGGGCACUUGGGGCCAAUUUCGCCGCCGGAUCUGAAACCAGACACAGCACUACUUAAUGGCAACUGUGGGGGAUCUUUCUCACCUGGCGGCGGGGCGGGUAGUGCAACGGGAAAUGGUGGCACACCAGGUAGUCCUGGAUCGUACGGUGGUCAAAUGUCAAUGCAAACCACACCAAGUACACCGCUCAAUAGCCAGAAUGCCGCCAAUCGAUCUCCAUAUCCGCCCAAUCAUCCACUCAGUGGUUCCAAGCAUCUAUGCUCAAUUUGUGGCGAUAGAGCCAGUGGAAAACACUAUGGAGUUUACAGCUGUGAAGGUUGCAAAGGUUUCUUCAAGCGAACUGUUAGGAAGGAUUUGACUUAUGCUUGCCGUGAGGAUAAGAAUUGUAUAAUUGACAAAAGGCAGAGGAAUAGAUGCCAGUACUGUAGGUACCAGAAAUGUCUGGUAUGUGGAAUGAAGAGGGAGGCUGUGCAGGAGGAGAGGCAACGAGGAGCCAAGUUACCAACAAAGCAGGACGAUCUCAAUCCAACGAGUUCUGUCCGUGAUCUUACGAUCGAAAGGAUCCUCGAAGCUGAGCAAAAGAGUGAAACAUGUGGUGAUAAUGCAAUUCCGUACUUGAGGGUUGGACCCAGCUCAAUGGUUCCACCAGAAUACAAGGGAGCUGUGUCGCAUUUAUGCCAAAUGGCAAAUAAGCAGCUUUAUCAGUUGAUUGAGUACGCUAGGCGGAUGCCUCAUUUUGCACAAUUGCAGCGUGAGGAUCAAGUGACUCUCUUGAGGGCUGGCUGGAAUGAAUUGAUAAUAGCAUCAGUUGCAUGGAGGAGUAUAGAAUAUCUUGACACAGAACGUACAAAUCCCGAUGGUACAAUUGAUCGACGAUCGAUUGUGCGGCAGCCCCAGCUUAUGUGCUUAGGGCCGAAUUUCACAUUGCACCGGAAUAGUGCCCAACAGGCGGGUGUAGCACCAAUUUUCGAUCGUAUCCUGUCGGAGUUGAGUGUGAAAAUGAAGCGACUGAAUAUGGAUCGUGCAGAAUUGGGCUGCCUCAAGGCGAUUAUUCUCUUCAAUCCAGCCACAAUUCCAGACAUUCGUGGACUAAAGUGCAGACAAGAUGUAGAUGUUCUGCGUGAGAAGGUGUAUGCAUGCCUCGAUGAGCACUGCCGUACGGAGCAUCCUGGUGAUGAUGGGCGCUUUGCGCAGCUUCUCCUUCGGCUACCGGCAUUGCGAUCAAUCAGUCUAAAGUGUCUCGAUCAUCUCUUUUUCUUCCGCCUAAUUGGGGAUAAGCAACUUGAGACGUUUGUCAAUGAGAUGCUGGAUACACCGUUGUCCCUCUAAGAUGUGUACAACACCCCCCAAUCCCCAAUCCUACCACCCCCGUCGCACUCUCCACACGGAAUUUUCCGUGAUGUGUGUGUGUGAUGAAAACAGGGAGAGAAUAAUAGAAAAAAAUGUCUCAAUUGGUGCGCAAAUCAUUAAUCAUUUUCAAUGUUUUUUUUUAUCAGUACGACAACAAAAAAAUUUCUCUCAUGAGAUUUUGCAAAAUAAAAUCCCAAAGACUUUUCCAUUGAGGAGUUUUUUUUUACCUCAAGGGGGUUGUAUUGAGAAAAAAAAGAGCAACGUCUCGAAGUAUUUUAUAAGGACUCUCAAGGGGGUUUGCAAUGUUUUUCUUAUGUCGUCUAUCUCUUGAAUAUUUCGAGGUGUUAAAGGCAAGUUCAAGGGUAUCGUUUGGCAAGAUUUUAAAUUAUUUAGUUUUAUCUUUAAAUUUCUUUUUUUAAGUUCAAUGAAUGAAAAAUAUGUUUGAUAAAGAUUAACCCUUUAACGUCCAACGUGAAACAUAAAAACAUUGAAACAUGCGCUCUUUUAUCGCGAUUUUUAUUCUAUGAAUUUUUUUUAGAGGAUUUUUCUCACUCAGAACGUCUUCUUUGACCCCUUAUACGUGAAUUUGAUGCAUUUGUAACAUGGAAAAACAAUUACAUUCAUAAAUAAUUGAAAAAAUAAAAUGUUUCACGUUUGGGUCAGAGUAUGACCCAAAAAACCUUAAAGGGUUAAAAAUCUUUAGAAGCCCAAUGAAAGUUUUUUUUGUAAGAAGUUCUUUAAUUUUUGGAUAAAAAUUUAGCACUGGAAAAGAAAUUUUUACAAGCUAAUGUUAGUUCGUUACCUUCUUUGAGGGAACAAAUGGGAUAAAGUCUUGAAGAGAAUCAAGAAAAUUAAUAAGAAACCUCUAAAGAUUUGGUCUUGAAAGGCCAAAAAAACGUCAAUUGUGUUUUUUUUUUCUAUUUAAUACAUGAAACAUUCAUUCUAAUGUUUCAUCGUUGAUUGACACAAAAGAAGAUACAUACAAUGACGUCACGAAUUUGUAUCUUUUUUGUACCGUAUGAAACAUGCGCGCUGAUGUUUCAAUGGAAAGUUUUAACCCUUAUUGAUUUGAAAAUAAAUUAUCUUUAUCUCGAAAAACGUGAUAAAGUUUGCAAAUUGAUCAUCUUCUAAUGAUUUUUUCUGAUUAAAUAAAAUAAAAUUCAUUAAAUAGGAUGUUAAUUGUAAUCUAAUAGACUUUCUUCUCCACCCAUGUCUUGCCCAUCAGAUGAAUUUCCUUCAACUUGUGAUUUAUGUGCAAAAAAAGAAAAAGAAAUCUAUUUUUGUCAUAUAGGAAGAAAAAUCAAUUUAUACUGUCGAAUAUCCCCUCUACAUGAGUCCUUGCUUUGGGUCAAUUAAUCUCAAUUUUCUUCUGCCUGCAAAAGGCAAUGAGAAUAUUACGUAAAUAUUUUGUCAACAAAAUGAGAUGGCUUUUUUUGGGAAAUUAUGAGAGAAAAAGAAACAAUUUGCCACCGGAAAUUUAUUCAAUAAAUAACAAUAAAAAAGAAAAAGAAACAAAGUCGGAAGGAAAGAGUCUAAAGAAAAAUGUUUUUUUUUUAAUUCUUCAUUAUCUACAUGAGAUAUAUACAUAAUUAUAUUUUAAAACAAACAAACACACACUGAAUUAUUCUUGUAUAUUUAUCUUAAUAUAUUAUUUUUAUACAUUUUCACUUACAUAAGUGUACGGUUAGUAAUUUUUUUUUAUUUAAACAAAAAUCUUUUAGCAAAAAAUAAUGAAUUAUUUUAUUUGAGAGAGAAAAGAAAAAUUUAUUUAAGUUUUAUUCACUUUCUGGCAAAAAUUUAUUUUUAUUAGUGUCUCUUUUUCCUCCUAAUUAAUGCAAAGAAAGUGAAUAUUUCAACACAUAUAAUCAAAAUUAGUUGGUAGUGAAAUGAUUUUUUUUAAAGAGAGGGAAUGAGAAUCUUUUUAGGCAAAACAAAAAACACUAAGAGAGAAAAAUCUAUAUAUAUUUGGAGUGUAAAUGAAUGAUGUGUCGUGUAAAUAAUUUCAUAUUACAUUAUUGAAAGAAAAAAAAACUAAUUCAAUCGUACAAUUUUCACAUGAUAUUGUAAUUUAAUAAAAGAAGUAUAUUGCAAAGAAAAAUCACAUUAAUACAGGGUGCCUCAUGAGGGAUACAGAAAUUAAAUUAUAAAUAGAGAGAUUUUGAGUUUUUGUUGAAAAAUUGCAAAACUUUCAAUUAAUCGUUUGAAUUUUCAUAAUAAAUUUCAAUUUUUUUCCGUUUUUCUUAAUUUAACUAUGUAAUAAAAAAAAUUUAAUGUUUUAGGAAGCGAAGAUUUUUAAUACAGUGAUGGUCCGGAAAAUAACAUUAUUUAAUACAUACUUGAAGGACACGAAUUUCUAACCUCAAACUUUAAACUUAAUUUUCUAUUGUAAAGAAAACGUUUUUCCAGAAUUUCAUUUAACAAACUUCUAGUAUUUGAAGUCUUCACGACUUUAAUUCACGAAAUUAGUAGCGAAAAGGUAGAAAAAGAAAUGUAAUUUCUGCAUUCUUCCUGGGGCACCCUAUUAAAUGUCGAAUUAAGAGACUUUUCUUUUUGAUAAAAAAAACACCUUUUACUUACUUUAUAGUGCAGAUUAUUAUAUUGAGAACAAAGAUUAUAUUCUUUCUAACAUUAAUUCUAUUAGUCACAUUUUUUUUCUUUAAAUAUUAAACUAAUUGGUGAAUUAAAUGUAGAGGAAUUGUUGAUAAAAUCACAAAAUGUUUUUUUCUCCUUCAUUAAAUUUUUCUUUAAACUCUGCAAUGUUUAACAUUCCACAGUGAUAAAUGUUGAUUAAGAGAGGGAGAGAGUAAAAAAAAGAAAAGAAAAGAAAAAUCAUGCAGAGAUUGAAAGAAAAAAUAAAAUUGGUGCAAAAAAUGUAGGUAUAAAAAUUGCAAAAGAAAAAUGGAAAUGAAAAGAGAAUUAUUGCAAAUUGCAGAAUAAGAUGAAAUAUUAAAAAAAAGAAAACUUAUAAAUGUUAAAAUAAGAUUUAAAAAAAAAUGGAAAUGAAAAAUUAUAUUUAGAGUAAUUUAUUUGACUUUAAAGAAACAAUUUUAAAAAAAAACUUCUUUUUGCAUUAAGAUUGAAAUGAUAGACAGAAAAAAUCUAUGAAUGAGAAAUUCUUGUUAUUAUAUCCCUAAAUUCACUAUUAAUGUAUUACAAGAUAUUUUUUAUUAAUUUAAUAAAAAGAAAUUUUAAUUGUUACGCGUCCAGCUAGAAAA